ACGGGAUGUGUGUGGGAAUGCUGGCUGCGCUGGAUUUGUAGCAAUGUCCCAGUUGUCCCCUUUUUGCCGCGCUGAAUGUCUGUCCCCAGUGCAAUGAAAGAGCUCGAAGGAGUGGCCUCUGCUCUGCAGCUGAUGGUAGCGCUGUCUCUGCAAGCCUGAGUGGUCAGUGUGGGACCCAGCAGGACAAACCCCGGUGUCACCUCUGCUACUGUCACAAGCAGCGCCUUGCACGGGGACGAGGGAACGGGGGGCUGCACUGAGGGUGCCAAAUAUGGCUUGGGGAGUGCAGAACCAGCUUGCCCGGGGGACCCAAAUCUGGGUAGGCAGGCUCCGGCCACGGCCCCCUGGACAAUUGCAGCAGUCAGCCCUUCCUAAUCUCCGCGGAGAUUAGCAGGGUCCCAGCUCAGCGCGAUGCACACAGCGAUAAAGUCCCGCAGAAGCAGCUCACAAAGCCCUGCACCGGCAGGGGUCAGGGGAGAGGGGCUGCUGGCCCUUGUACUUCUUCCCCUCUCCCCAUCCCCUGUGCUGCAUCUCCCCUGCUCUGCUCUUUCCGUUGUUCAUGACACUGAAACUCUUUGUUUUGUCUCUCCUCGGUCCCUGGCAGCGGUGGGCUGUGCCGUGGGGCCCUGGGGGCCGUGGAGCGGGUGCAGCUCCCCGUGCGGGGCUGGCAGCAGGGCCCGCAGCCGCCAGGUCACGGUGCCGCCCCGGCACGGCGGGGAUCCCUGUCCGGACCUCAAGCAGCGCCGCGGCUGCCUGGGGCAGCACCCGACCUGCGGCACGGCCCAAGCUGCUCUUGUGCCAGAGGUAGCCAAGAUUUUCCCCAACUCCUUCAGCCAGGACUUCAGAGAUCCCUGGCGAAGAGCUGGGCUGCCACCGCCGGAGGAGCCCUCUGGCUCCCCCCUGCCCAGCUCCUGCGGCUUUUUCCGCCUGACCCAGGUGGGGCUCCCGUGCCGCGGGCGCGCCUGGAGCCGCCGGCUGCAGCGGGACAGGCAGGUCUGUGUGGAAUGCCGGGGCAAUCUGCCCCACCGCCGUCCCCACUGCACCGGACACGGCCUGCAGGGAGCCAGGACAUUUUGGGUGGCUGCUUCUGUGGUGGGGUGCCAGGGCUCAUGGGUGCAGGAGGGCCUGCAGGAGGGCUGUGUCUGCUCCCCCCCAGCUCUCAUCUUUGUGUAGGGAAGGUUUGCUGUUCACCCUCAGUGCCAGCUCCCUCUGUUUUCCAUUAAAUAUUUUGCUGAAGAAUGGAAAAACCCUUCUUAUAAAGACUAAAAAUGAGGGAAUUGCUGAAGUGUGGUGAUAAAUGGUAGAAGAACAGCAUGAUGAGGUAAAGUCUGGGUGAGAAGACAAUGUGGCAGUGACAUGGUGUGAUGAUGUCACACUCAGCCAUGACAUCAUACUUUACAAGCUGCAACUGGCAAGCAAUGUGAGGAUGGAGGCAGCAUCCAUCCUUUGUCUGAGCUCACUCACUGCAGUCUCAGGUGAGCCAUGCAGGACAGUUCAGCCCUGCUGGGCUUUGCAGAAUUAAACAGACACCCAAAGUCUGCACACAGGCGAUGGUGCCGGUGCCCAGUUCCAGCCAUGGGGCUCAGCAGCCCCCACUGGAAGGAGUGAGGCUGGGCUGGGUGCUGCUGCUGCCCUUCCCCACUCCUCACCCAGCACAACACGACCUUGCUGGUGGGGUCCCUGCUCCAGCUCUGGGUGGUGCCACCACAGCCUGUGGUAGGAGCAUGUGCCAUGCUAGGGCUGGAUCCUGCUCCACUGCAGCCACAGGCUGUUGUCUGUUUGCUGCCCCAGGACAUGUCUGGCUCCUGCAGCCUGUUCUCACACCACCCUCCUGGGCAGGGGAAUUAAAAGGCUUCAACACUG